UUGAAAGUUAUUGUUUACAAAUUGACUGCAAGUUCUCAAUUCCAUCAACAAUUUUUACUCAAAACCCCCCAGGAUGCUGCGGAAACUACACACCAAUCUAAUCUCGGCCCUAUCCCGGCGAAGCUUCAUUUCAAUUCACCAUCCGCGGAUUAGCAGUGCUUGCCAACAACAGCCAGAAACACCAGCCCCAACAGAACAGCGGCAGCGACAUAAUCACGAUCGAAACAACGGGUGGAAAGAAUCUUCCCAAAGCCGAAAACCCUUCCUUUCAGUUCCGGUUAUUACAGCCAGUACGUUUCUGUCAUGGUUCAGCAAAAAGAAUGACGAAGAUACGCCAGAAAGUAAGUUAAUCACCACAAUCAAAAUGUCGAUAUUGAGCAUCCAGCGAGAGGAAUACAAGAAGGCAGAACAACUGCUACAUGUUGCACUCAAAAUGGCACAGGAUCUGCAAAGUAAAGAUGGUAUUACCUAUAUAUUCGAUAUAAUGGCCAACCUGGCAAUGGAAGUGGGUGAGUUUGCCAAGGCAGAAAAGCUUUUCGUUGAAGUUAUGCAGCGAUUGUUCGCCGACGGUUUUGUAGAAGAUCAUAUGAAAAUGCUGCACAUCAGUUCAAAGAUAGCGCACCUGGAACAGCUACAAGGCCACUUAGACAAAGCAGUACAAGGUUUUGAGUGGACGAUCUCAAAGCUUGAGGAAAAUAUCAAGCGGGUGGGCGAAGAUAAGGAAAUUCGAGAGCUGUGGGGAAUAACGAAAAAUUGGUAUGCCCAGUUGUUGAUGGACAUGAAACGAUUUGCCGAGGCCAAAGCUUGUUUCCAGCAAGCAUACGACGCGUACACCGCAAUUCAUGGCAAACUGACAGAGGAAGGUUUAACGAUACUGAAUAAUCUAAGUGUAGCAUGUUCGAAUCUGGAAGAUUAUGCUUCAGCCGAAAAAUAUCUGUUGGAAGCAAUUGAACUUGCCACACAAUUACCUGACUUAGUGGAGGCAGGAGUUUACCGAGCCAACCUGGGAUUGCUUUAUUUGCAGCAGGGACUGCUGAAGCAGGCGAGCGAGUUUUGCUCGUUCGCUUGGAAGUACGGCAAGCAUCAUAAGCAUGAUGAAACUGUGAUACAGGCUGACUAUUGUCUGCAGCAAAUUAGGGCUGCACAAAAAUAGGUCUUGCGACCCUAAUGAGAUUGCUUAGCAUUUGACACCGAACAGAUUGUUGAAAAAGUAUUGUUUUAUUUUUAUCUUAUUCUUCAUUGGUAGAUUCAUUGAAAAAUAUAUUUGUUUUAAAAUUGA